AUGGCCAACGCACCCACUGAGCCAGGUAUGCGCGAGAGCGGAAGCCCGCUCGCAAUGCUCCUCUCCGAGCCAGAAUUUACUGCUGAGAAGUCGUCGCUGUUUGAUGAGGUCUGCCCCGGGAACUGGGCAGAUAUUGGUAUCGGAUACUUCCGCAAUUGCGAGCUGUGUUCUGCCUACCUUCCGCCAACGGACCCUAGCAGGCAGAUUUACCGCUGUUCAAGGCCCGCAUGUCGGGCUCUCUAUCACCACGAGUGUCUCGAGGAGGUGCUUACCGGAUUGAGGGAGCAGGGUAGUCUGCUCAUGCCGAUGGAAUGUCUCCGCUGCGGCACCGGGUGGGAUCUUGACCCGGACUUUGAGGAGUCAGAGCGUCGCCUCAAGAUCUGGCGCCUUGACGAGCUACGGCAGAAGAAUAUACAGGAGCUUCAGCGGCUUCGUCGGGAGCAGCUGGAGCAGCAGGCGGCGCGGAAUCAUCCUCAGGUGCAGCAGCAGGCACAGCAGCGGCACUUUACGCCCCAGCCCCAGCAGCAGCAACAGCAGCUACAGGCGACGGUGCAUUCUCUGCAACCUCAGCCUCCUCAAGAUCAGCAGCCCGAGCAGCAGAUGCAGGUGUCUCCUCAGCAGCUUCAGCCUCCGCAGCAGCAGCAGCAGCAGCAGCAGCAGCAGCAGCAGCAGCAGCAGAAGAUACAGAUACAUUCUCUGCAGGGUCGGCCUUCUCAGCACCAGAAACAGAGCCAGCAGCAGGUACAGGUGCAUUCUCAGCAGCUUCGGACUCCUCAGCACCAGGGGCAGAACCAGCAGCAACAACAGGUAUAUCCUCUGCGGUGUCAGCCUUCUCAGCACCAGCAGCAACCUCAGCGCCUACACCUGCGCCAGCGGCAGAUGCAACCUCAAAACCAGCAGCAGCAGGUACAGAUGCAUCUUCAGCAGUAUUCUCAGACACAGCAGAAUCAUCAGCAGUUUUACCAGCAGCAGAUGCAAUCUCAUCAUCAGCUACAGACACAGCGUCAACUGUAUCAAGCUCAACUCCAGCAGCAAAAACAGCUACAUCCUCAGCGGUAUUCUCAGGCACAACAGAAUCACCAGCAGCAGCCUCAGCACCUACGCCAGUACCAGAACCUGCAGCAGAUGCAACCUCAGCAUCAGUCACAGAUCCAGCGUCAGCUACAUCAAGCUCAGUAUCAGCAGCUGCAGAUGCAACAUCAUUCUCUGAUGCCGCGACAACAUCAGCAGCCGGCGCAACAUCCAGUUCGGAUGCAACAGCAGGCUCAAAUACAUCAUCAUCCACAAAUACAGCAGCAGCAGCAGCAGCAGCAGGUACAAUAUUAUCCUCAGAUGCUGCGACAGCAUCAGCAGCCGGCGCAGCAUUCAAUUCGGAUGCAACAGCAGCUUCAAUUACAUCAGCCUCUACAACAUCAGCAGCAACAGCAGUAUCCCCAGCAGGCGUAG